GAGAGGCGGAGUCCCCGCAGGAGUCCGAGUGGCGUGGUGUGUGUGUGUGUAUUUGUUUCCAAGGCUGGCACCUGUCUGCACCUUCCUCUGCCCGGGCAUCGCGGCGCUCGCGGGGCUUUUGCGGUCAAGAGGAGAGUUUCCUGCCAGCCUGCUGUUCCAUCACAGAGGGAUGCUUUUUAAUAUGAACCAGAGCUGGUUACCUAGGCAAUUUCUGCUGGCAUCCCAUCGAGAAAUGCCUGAGACAUUUACCAUGUGAGCUGUUGGAAGUGUUCCACGCCAUCCGACAAAGGUCUCUCCUUUAAACAGAAGUGCUUUCUCUAUCCGGAAGGUUGGGAUGCCGAGAAAUAUGAUGUCGGACUUCUCAGGAAUGGUGUGUGAAAUUCCACCUGAGAUUCAGUUUGGUAGCUUUGAAAAAAACCAUCACCUGGAGAGUGGAAAGAGUCGUCCAAGGCGAAGAGGUUCGACUUUGGAUGAUGAUGAGACUCUGAAGUACCUAACUCUUGAGGAAAAAGAUGUCCUUCUCUUCUUUGAAGAAACCAUUGAUUCCUUGGAAGAUGACUUGGAAGAACAAGCUCUCCAUGACAGUGGCAUCCACUGCCACUCUCCAAAGUCAAUGGAAGAAAAUAUGUCCAGCCAUUCAGAGUCUGAAGACAUCAUAGACUUGGUGCAACCAGGACCAGAGACACGAGAGUCUGUUUCUAGCAGAAUCACAGAUCCAGCACUAGAUGAGGUUUGGAAACCAGACAAAUCAAAACUGGACCAUAUCAAGCCACCUGAUGAGGAGGUCUGUGCUGAUACUGUUCCUGUGCAGCCGUCAGCUCCCCCAUUGCCAAUGUAUGAGGUGUUUCCUCCUCCGCCCCCAGUGCAGCAUCCAAAACUACCUCGCUCUAUCCCCACUCCACUUGUCAUAGCUCAGAAAAUAUCCGAGAAGCAGGCAGAGGGCAGCUCUUUUUCACCCACUUCGCCAAAGGAAGGGAAGUUUGUAGAGAGGAGGAGUAUGCCAGCUUCUUCACCACUGCACAAUGGAGAACGUUUCACGGCCUUCAGGCAAUCUGCACCACCCCCGACUGCACCCAAACCUCAGAGGUUUCCAAGCAACAUCAGCAUCACCAACAUUGGUGAAAGGGAGUUCAGCAAAACAAUUUCCAAUGCAGCAGUCAAUGUCCAAGAACGCAAGGCUCGGGUGUUGGCCAAUGUCAAUGGUUCAUCCUUCCUCACAAGUGAAGGGGAAGAGAGACUUCAGAGGUAUGACAUCUCAGGUCACGGUAGAAGCUCAUCCCUACGAGAUUUGCCUUCAGAGCAAGCAAGGCAGGAAGCCUUGAGCAGACUUGGCCUUGUAGAAGAUGGUUUUGGCCAAGCCCAACUGGACCACUCUGGAAGCGUUCUCAGAUCAAAAGAGGACAAACCUGACCAAGGGCAGGUUGUGUCAAAUGGUUAUGGCAAUAUCCAUGAAAUAUUAAAGAGGGAAUCCAGCCUGUUCCCAAGUAUGAGCAAAACAGUGACUUUCAAACCGGACUCUGAUCUCAUGAAUGGUAAGCCUGCUCGACAAAAUGCAACCAAGAGCUUUUAUGAAUAUAGGCCACCACCAGAUUUCAGCCUAGAUAUAAGGAGGAGAUCUGGUUCAUUGCCCAGGCCCUCCGGACUGAGACCUCAGGGCAUCACAGUACAGUUUUCUGGCCGCGGGUCAACAGAAGAAGCUAGGAGGGAAGCAUUACGAAAGCUUGGACUGCUCAAGGAGUAGUUGCGGGACCGUAGAGGGAGGGAUAUAUUAUCCCAAAAACAAAAUCCCAGGGAGAUUAAAUGACAAUUCUUUUAUUUUAUUUUCUCCUUGAAGUGAAGGAAAUAUUUAAUAGCAGAAUGUCAGAAAUAUUUCUGAUAGCAUUUUGUCAUGGAUUUCAUUAUGAUGGUCAGUCAUAUUGCUUAUCAAAGCCUUCUGUGGGAUUUCAGAAAGACCCAUGAAUUCAUAAGAAGCCUGGCUUUCAGUGGAAGACAUCAUGCUAAAUGAAGUUUAAUUGUGCAGUAUUUGUGCAUAUGGAUGUAUGUGUGUAGCUGGCAAACAUGUCUGAGUUCAAUGCAUUUUCCUUGGAGUCCUACCAUAAUGAAGCCAAAAAAACCCUAACAAAAUGGUACUAAUAGGAAUAAAAGAUUAUGUACGUAUGUAUGUAUGUAUGUAUGUAUGUAUGUGUAUAUAUACUGGAGAGGUCAAAUAUAUAAUAAAGCUGCUGUCUCUCA